AUGUUUCUAAUUUCUCAAUUUUAUUUUUUCUUUCUUUUUAAUUCGUUGUUUUCUUAUCUACAUUUAAUUAAUGAUACUUUAUUUCUUUCAUUUUUUUCCUUCUUCACUUCAUUUUCUUCCAAUGAUCAAAAUUCUUUCCUUCUUUUUCUUUCUUUCUUUCUUUCUUUCUUUCUUUCUUUCUUUCUUUCUUUCUUUCUUUCUUUCUUCACUUUUUAUUUGUUUCCGAUAAUUUUCUUUCUUUCUUUCUUUCUUUCUUUCUUUCUUUCUUUCUUUCUUUCUUCAUUUUUUAAUUUGCUUCCGAUCAUUUUCUUUCUUUCUUUCUUCACUUUUUAUUUCUUUCCGAUCAUUUUCUUUCUUUCUUUCUUUCUUUCUUUCUUUCUUUCUUUCUUUCUUUCUUUCUUUCAAAUACAAUUUUUGAUAUUUUCUACCCUAUUUUUUAUUUGUCUUUUUCUUUCUCUCUCUCUCUCUCUCUCUCUAUCUCUCUCUCUCUCUCACACACACACUCUUGUUCCUUAUUUCCUUCACUUUCUUUUAUCGAAUCAUUUCCGCUUUUUUUUUUAA